UACUUACAAAAACACACAUAUGAAACACUAACACCAAAUUCACAUAGAGCCAUGAAACCACCUUUUUCAUGGCUACUUCUAAAUUUCUCUACUCUCUAACUCUCUUCAUUUUGCUUAUCAAUAUUCCAACUUCAAUCUCCACACUUCCAACUGUAUCUAUAUCAUAUAUCAAUCCAAACCAAACUCUAAUUUGUGCAAUAACCAAGUCACCAACAACUCAACAACCAUCCAACCUCAAUUGCACCGGAUAUCCGUCCCCUUUCAACGUAGGAAUAAUACCACGUUAUUCCUACGUUGGAAUCGUGGGCGGAAAUCGUUUCCUAUGUGCAUUAACUUCAACUUCUGUUUCUUCAUUGUCAAUUUUAGUUUGUUGGCGGUUUUUUGAAGAUGGAAGUACGGUUUUCAAAAGAAUUUACCGUGGCCCGUCUCUUAAAGACAUUGAUUCUAGCGAUUCCCAUGUUUGUGGAAUUGUUAGCACAACUAAUGAAUUGUUUUGUUGGCAAUGGGAUCAAUUUAAUGAUAAUUUAGGACUUAAUCAAACCCGUUUUUAUUCUAGUGUUGCUGUUGGAGAGAAUUAUGUUUGUGGACUAUUUGAAAUCGGGAAUAUUAGUUGCAAACAAGGCAACAUUAAUAAGAGUAACAGUAUUAGUAAUAGUAAUAGUAAUAUUAUUACAGAUGUCCCACGUGGAAACUACAGUGUGGUUUCCACGGGGUAUAAUCGUGUUUGUGCAAUAAAUUCGAGUCGUGGUUUGGAUUGUUGGGGUGAGGCAAUGAUUGGGAGGAAGCCGAAUGGUGAGUUUAAAGCGAUUUCAAUUGGGGAAAAUCGGUUUUGUGCGGUAAGAAAUAAUGGAACAGUAAUUUGUUGGGGUGAAAAUGAUUUUAGUUUACCAGAGAAUCUAAGAGAGGUUUCUUUUGAAGGAUUGAAGGCGAAACGAGGUGUUUUUUGUGGUCUUUCAACCGCGAAUUAUUCAUUAUAUUGUUGGGGGAAUGAGUCUUUGAAUAAUAAUUCGAAUGCAAUUGUUUUUGGUAAUGUGGUGCCUGGUUUGUGUACAAAUCUAACCACAUGUGAUUGUGGUCCAAUUCCGAAUUAUGCAACGUUUUGUAGUCAAGGGUUGAUUAUUUGUAGGAUUUGUGAGCCUGAUCGAGGUUUAAUACCCGAAUUAGUACCCCCGCCCGACGGGUCAAAAAAUGGUGGUUUGGAUGGUAAAAUGGUUGCUUUUGUCGUAGUGGGAUCAGUCGGGUCGUUAUUGUUUAUUCUCGUUCUUGUGUUUUUGGUUUUUCGAUAUUGUAGAUCGAGUGAAGGUAGUCGGGUUCAUGAUUCCGGGCCAAUGGAAGAAAUUCGAGUGGAUUCACAAGUUCAAAAUCCGAAUAAUCGUGUCUUAGUGAAGAAAUUGAGUCAUUUGAUUAGUAUGGGAAAUGGGGGUCAUUUGGAAGAGUUUUCUUUACAAAGGAUUAUUGAUGCAACCGAUAAUUUCUCCGAGGAACACCGAAUUGGGGUGGGAAGUUUUGGGUCGGUGUAUCGUGGUUUGUUAACCGAUGGUCGAAAAGUGGCUAUUAAACGAGCUGAGUUAACAAGUUCCUCGUCGUAUACGGGUGGUUUUAAGAAACACCAAGAAGACACGAACAAUGCGUUUGUGAACGAGCUCGAGUUUCUAUCGCGGGUUAAUCACAAAAACUUGGUUCAGUUGCUCGGUUUUUGUGAAGAAAACAAUGAACUUGUUCUUGUGUACGAGUUUAUGGAAAAUGGUAGCCUUCAUGAACAUUUACACAAAACAUUUGGUUCACAUAUAAUGUCGUGGCCCGCCCGGAUCAAAGUGGCACUAGACGCGGCUAGAGGGAUCGAGUACCUUCACGUCUACGCCCAACCACCUAUCAUACAUCGUGACAUCAAGUCGUCGAACAUUUUGCUUGAUGAGGAGUGGAAUGGAAAAGUAUCAGAUUUUGGGCUAUCGUUAUUGGGCCCGCCGGAUAAUGUGUCACACCUCUCAUUACGUGCCGCGGGCACGGUUGGUUAUAUGGAUCCUGAGUACUUUAAAUUUGAGCAGUUAACAGCCAAAAGUGAUGUUUAUAGUUUUGGCAUUGUUUUACUUGAACUUUUAUCUGGUCACCGCGCCAUUCAAAAGAACGAGGCAGGAGAAAGAAGGAAUGUCGUCGAUUCAGUAGUACCAUACAUUGUGCGCGAUGAGAUACACCGAAUUUUGGAUCAUAAAGUCCCUCCCCCGACACCAUAUGAAAUAGAAGCCGUGAAAUAUGUUGGAUACGUAGCCGUCGAUUGUGUGACAUUGGAAGGCAGAGACCGGCCGACGAUGAGUGAACUCGUCGCCUGCUUGGAGAGAGCAUUGUCCGCUUGCUUGACAAUCCCUUGUUUAUCUCCUGGUAGCUCGAAUGACUCAUCCAAUGACAUUAGUCACGUUUCUUUGUAAAGAUUAGGACUUAGGAGUUUAAAUCUUUGUUACAUGUACAUUUGGUAUUCAUAAAUUGUUGAUAAAUUUGUUGUACAUGUUCAUAUUUUUUAUUAGUUCAUAUUAAUGAUAAAAUUAUUUUGAUGGGUUAUAUUUAGCCCUUUGCCUUUUA